UGCUGUCAGCUAUUUUUAUUUCAAAAGAAUAACACUUUGUCAGAGACACAUACCGAACUGGAAAGCAUUUGUACGUUUAAAACGUGAAGCAUCUGUUAGGUUGAUCAUGGACACACAGACGCAGAUGAAGAAAAAGGCGCCCCAUCUGAGCAAGCAACAGACCAUGCCUUCUUUAAGCAAGGACAUGCCACGGCAAUUUCAAAAGAUCUCUGUGUCUGAGGUGGACGAGCAGGUGAAGCGGCUGGCAGAGAGGGUGUACGCUUCAGCCAUAAACGAGGAAAACACCAAGGAUGCCCUGGCCAUGUUCACAGUGCCUGAGGACUGCCCUAUUGGCCUUCAUCAGGCGAAGGAAAUGGAAUUACGUAAAGAGAUAGCCGAGGAAAAUUCACUAGAGAGUGUUAAAAGGAAGAAUAAUCUAAGGCUGAUUCGCACCCAGUCGAUUUCCCUUCAGAUCCCUGGUGCAAAUGAGUGGGCUAUGUCUGUGAUCGCCCCUCUGAUUACCGCUGACUCCACUGAUGAACCUGGACCCCCUACUCAACCCAGCAUCCCAGAGUAUCAGAGAGUCACCAUCAGUGGAGACUACUGUGCAGGGAUCACAGUGGAGGAUUAUGAGCUGGCAGCCAAAAGUCUGUUGAAGGCAUUACUUAUCAGAGAGAAAUACUGUCGCUUUGCAUAUCACCGCUUCCCUAGAACCACUGCCAAGUUUCUAAGCAGUGCCAGUAAUAAGAUAUGGAGUGAAGAGGAGGACGUUCUACAAGAUAGCACCCCCUGUCCCGCUGAGGGUGAAGACCCGUAUAGCAUGGAAGACAUCCCUCAGAACCUAAACUACUCCCUGAAGAUGAAAGAUGGCAUCGUAUAUGUGUAUGAGACUGCAGAGGACCUGAGUCAGAACAAGCCACACUGUUUGCCGUACCCUGACAUGGAGACCUUCACUAUUGACAUGGCUCAUGUUCUUGCCAUGAUUGCUGAUGGACCAACAAAGACUUACUGUCACAGACGAUUAAACUUCCUGAUGUCUAAGUUCUACCUGCAUGAGAUGUUAAACGAGAUGGCAGAGCUGAAAGAACUGAAGAUGGUUCCACACAGAGACUUCUACAAUGUCAGGAAGGUAGACACUCACAUUCAUGCAGCAGCCUGCAUGAAUCAGAAACACCUACUGCAGUUUAUACAGGAAACAUAUAAGACAGAAGCAGAACGGAUGGUGAUGGACAAUCGCGGCAAGAAGAUGACCCUUAAGCAGGUGUUCGAGAACCUCAAAAUGGACCCUUAUGACCUUACAGUGGACUCACUGGAUGUGCACGCUGGUAGACAAACAUUUCAUCGAUUUGACAAGUUCAACUCCAAGUACAACCCAGUGGGUGCAAGUGAACUUCGUGAGAUCUACCUAAAAACUGAUAACUGCAUUAAUGGAGAAUACUUUGCACGUCUUAUCAAGGAAGUGGCUCAUGAUCUGGAGACGAGUAAGUACCAGUAUGCAGAACCCCGUCUGUCCAUUUAUGGCCGUUCUCCUGACGAGUGGACCAGUCUUGCAAAAUGGUUCAUUCAGCAAAAGUUAUACUCCCCCAAUUUAAGAUGGAUGAUACAAGUGCCUAGAAUCUAUGACAUUUUUAGGUCCAAGAAGAUAGUUCCAAGCUUUGGCAAGAUGCUGGAGAACAUCUUCCUCCCUCUGUUUGAGGCCACUGUUAACCCUCAGAAGCACAAGGAGCUGCACAUUUUCCUGAAAUAUGUGACUGGCUUUGACAGUGUGGAUGACGAGUCCAAACACAGUGACCACAUGUUCUCAUAUAAGAGCCCAAAACCUGAAGAGUGGACCAUGGAGGAAAACCCACCGUACAGCUACUACAUUUUCCACAUGUAUUCUAACAUAAUGGUGCUCAACAACCUGCGCAAGGAGCGUGGCCUUAGCACAUUUCAGUUCCGUCCUCACUGUGGGGAAGCAGGCUCCAUCACCCACUUGGUGUCAGCCUUUCUCGCUGCAGAUAACAUCUCACACGGCCUCAACUUGAAAAAGAGUCCCGUGCUGCAGUACCUGUACUACCUGGCUCAGGUGCCUAUUGCCAUGUCUCCUCUAAGCAACAACAGCCUCUUCCUGGAAUAUUCCAAGAACCCGCUGAGAGAGUUCCUCCAUAAGGGCCUGUGUGUCUCACUUUCCACUGAUGAUCCCAUGCAGUUCCACUACACCAAAGAGGCACUGAUGGAGGAGUACGCUAUCGCAGCCCAGCUGUGGAAGCUCAGUACAUGCGAUGUGUGUGAGAUAGCCAGAAACAGUGUUAUACAGAGCGGUCUUUCACAUCAGGAGAAGAAACACUUCUUAGGUGAGAACUACCUACAGGAUGGGCCAGAGGGAAACGACAUCCGCCGCACCAACGUAGCACAGAUCCGUAUGGCCUACAGACACGAGACCAUGUGUAACGAGCUCUGCUUCCUGGUGGAUGCUGUAAAGUCUGUGUGAAUACCUCGUGAUCAGAGUUCUGGUUCAUAUUACUCCAAAAAAAUCCAAAGCUGCACAGUGGAAAGCAAUAGGAAAGUGGGACUUUAACCCUUUGAUGCACAACCUGGGUCAAAAGUGACCCAACUGAGUUUAUAUUUUCUAUAUCUUUGCAAUAAAUUAAUUUCGUCAUUCAAGCUUCCAUGAAUUCCUCAAUUAACUUGUUUUUGAUCAUCACAAAUCCUUAUUUCAGUUUUAUAUUUUUUGCUUUUUUAAUAAAAAUCAUUUUUGUAUCACUACCCUUCUAAUGCACAACAUGGGUCAAAAAUGACAUUUGUAAGUGUUUGUAGUCAAAAACAUAUUUACUGAUCUUUUGAAAGACAACCAAAGAUUAGGCUCUUGAAUCUUGAAUAUGUCCAAUACUAUUUGCUUGCUAGCUGUUUACAUAUUCUAGUAUAGAUAGCUUUUAUUAGCUAAGACAGCAAAUACAUGAAUAACUGACAAAUGUGCAUAUGAAAAUAUUCUUGAAUGGAUGAAUAUGGGUCAUUUUUGACCCAUGUUGUGCAUUAGAAGGGGUUUGCUUAGCUUGUGCAUCAAAGGAUUAAAUCCUGCAUGAAAGAGAUACACUGUAGGAAUCGUACUGUACUGAACCUUGCACUCGUCACCAGAGUGCAAUACUGAGUAUCAUUCUAGGUCAGAUUUAUUUAGAUAAAACAAAUACAGUAUAUGCAUGGUUUAAAUAAAACAAGGUGGUUAUUUGGGCUUUUGUUUUGUAAAAAUGAUUUACAUUUAGCUGUAUUAGGAAAUACUUGUUUACCUGUAUGCUUUGCAUGGAAUACUGGAAAAAAUUGAACUUUUCUACUUUGUGAAACUCGUUAAACUGCCUUUGGGUGGGUAAAACUUCUUGUAUUACUUGGAACAAUGUCUUGUUUGUUUUGAACACUUGUUUUUUUUAACACUGGACAAGAAUGGUGCACAUAGCAAGGUGUAAAUGUAGUACACAUACAGAAUUAUGCACUUGAAAAUUUUCACUGGUCUAUAAAGAUAAAAAAAACUAUAAACAUAAGAUGUGGGCUUUUCUAAA